AUGGCAAUGGCGCCCGUAGCACUUGCACUCUGCCUGUGUGCCACCGUCCUCCUCUCCACUCCACCACCCGCCCAUUCCUACACCGACCACUCAUCCUCCCCUCCGAGCCCCGUGGCAGCAGAGCCGACGUCGUCGUCCUCGGAGUACAAGACGUACAUCAUCCUGCUCAAGCCUCGAGCGGACGCCCAUGUCAUGGACGACGAAGCGCGCCAGGGCUGGUACCGGUCCUUCCUCCCCGACGACGUGACCGCCCACGGCGAGCCGCGGCUCGUCCGCUCGUACAAGACCAUCUUCCACGGAUUCGCCGCCUUGCUGACCGAGGAGGAGCUGGACGCCGCGUCCAGGAAACCCGGCUUCGGGCGCUGGUUCCCGGACGAGAUGAUGUACCCCACGACGACCCGCACGCCGGAGUUCCUCGGUCUGACCAAGGACGCCGGCAUGUGGGCGCAAUCCAGCUACGGCAAAGGGAUCAUCAUCGGGGUGAUCGACUCCGGCAUCGACUCGCGCCACCCCUCCUUCGGCGACGCGGGCGUCUCGCCGCCGCCCGCCAGGUGGAAGGGCGCGUGCACGGGCACGGACAGGGGCGUCCGCUGCAACAACAAGCUUAUCGGCGUCAGGUCCUUCGUGGACUACAACCCUGCCGAUGAGACCGGCCACGGCACGCACGUGGCGUCCAUUGCGGCGGGCAACUUCGUCGCCAAUGCCUCGUCGUCCCACGGACAGGCCGCCGGGACGGCCGCCGGGAUCGCUCCCGGCGCACACCUGGCCGCGUACAAGGCCUGCAGACCUAGCGGGUGCCUCCGUUCGAACGUGGUUGAUGCGAUGGACACGGCGGUGCGCGAUGGGGUCGAUAUCAUCUCCAUCUCCCUCGGUCGUAAAGCGGGAGUACCGCUCAACAAGGACGUUGUGGCCAUCGGCGCAUUCCGCGCGGUUGCCAAGGGCGUCGUCGUCGUUACCUCUGCUGGCAACGACGGCCCCGAUCCGUCCACCGUCAAGAACGACAUGCCGUGGGAGAUCACGGUGGGCGCCGGGUCGGUGGACCGGAGGCUCGCCGCCGACCUUGUGCUGGAGUCGGGCGACAUGGUCGAAGGAGAGGCACUGGUGCAGGGGAUGAACUCGACAGCUUUCCAACCCCUCCACUACCCCGGCGAGGGUAACCUGUGCAAGAACGUGAGCGCUCAACGCACGAGGGGCCACAUCGUGAUAUGCGAUGAAGCCAGGGUUAACGUUGCCGCUCAGGCCCGCAUCAUCAAAAACCUCUACGACAAUGGUGCGGCUCACGUCGUGCUGAUCGGCCGGGAGAAAUCUGGUUUCUCCUUGAGCUUCAGGGAGUACGGGUCCUCCGUCGUGCAGGAGCCCGCCGCCGUCGGCCACAAGCUCAAGGAUUACAGCCGGUAUCCGGACGCCGCGGCGCAGGCGUUCUUCAAGGGCACGCGGGUCGGCGUCGGUCAGUCGCCCACGGUCGCCCACUUCUCCAGCCGAGGCCCGAGCCGCACCAACCCACACAUCUUGAAGCCUGACAUCCUGGCGCCGGGGCUCAACAUCCUCGCCGCCGCGACGGCGAGUCCAGACCGGGGGCCUUUCAGAUUCAAGUCAGGGACGUCGAUGGCGGCGCCGCACAUCAGCGGCGUGGUCGCACUUCUCAAGAGCGUGCACCCGGAGUGGUCGCCGGCGGCGAUCAGGUCCGCCAUAAUGACCACGGCAGAUGACCUGGAUAACGACGGCAACCGGAUCAUGGACGAGAAGCACCAGCCGGCGAGAGCCUUCGCUGCAGGCGCGGGGCAAGUCAACGCUACGCGGGCUGUCGAUCCGGGGCUGGUCUAUGACAUGGAGGUCAGAGACUACGCCGGCUACGUUUGCCAUCUUUUCGCGACGCUCGACGACGACGACGACUACGCCGUGCAAGACAUCAUCCAGGACUUGAGCUUGAAUUGCAAGACCGUGGCCCAUCUGUCGGACUUCGAGCUCAACUACCCCAGCAUCGUGGUGCCGGCGAACACCACGGUGCGGCGGACGCUGACGAACGUGGGUCCGGCGGGGGAAUACACCGGCAGGUUGUCCAUGGCCCGUGACGUGGGGCUGGAUUUCUCGCCCAAGUCGCUGUCCUUCUCGCGGCCCGGGGAGAAGCUCACCUUCAAAGUGAGCCAACAUGGGCUGGAGGUUGCAGAAGGGUUUUUGAUCUGGGAGUCGGAUACGCACACGGUCCAAAGCCCCCUCGUCGUCGUGCACUGA